AUGAAGCUCCAGGCAGGGCUCUACGCCAAAAUCCUAGCCCUCCUAGCUCUUUCAGGCUUAGCAUUCGGAGAGUUCAUAGCCAAGGCUGUCCCAGUCCUAUCCAGUCCCGUGGCUUCAGCAGCUUCACCCGUCGCAUCCCCCGCUGGCAAGGGUCACUGGCAAGUUGACUUGUACAAGGAUGGAAAGUGCACUGGACACGCGCGCACCUUGAAAGGGUAUGGGUCCAGUAAAUGUCGCACUGAUAUGCCCAAGGGAGGGGCGAAGGGAUACGAUGUGAAGACCCUUGAUUUUGACUGCACAGUCACACUCUAUCAGGAUAGUGUGUGUUCGCACAAAAAGAAGAUUACAACUAUCUUUGCGCAGAAGCAGAACGCGUGUUCAUCUGUUGGAGCUUUUACGAAGAAGGUGAAGGGGUACAAGGUGAGAUGUUCUUAA